AAUAAAUGUUAUACCCAUCUGACACCUACCCAAUACCACUCCUUUCUCGAGCUUAGAGCGAAAGCAAUUUGAGCGCACUGAAUGGAGGUUCAAGAUGAGCAUGACCCUAUGCUCAUGGUGCUUCCUUCUCUCUCUCCGCCCAACACCUACCAAGCCGUCGUCAUCGGUGGCACCUUUGACCGAUUGCAUGACGGCCACCGUCUCUUCCUCACCGCUGCAGCCGAGGUGGCAAAGGGCCGGAUUGUAAUUGGAGUUUGCGACGGUCCUAUGCUGGCAAAGAAACAGUUUGCUGAACUGAUACAGCCAGUUGAAGAAAGGAUAAAUAAUGUCAAAAAUUUCAUAAAGUCUAUCAAGCCAGAUUUAGAAGUGCAAGCUGUACCAAUCACAGAUCCCUUCGGUCCUUCCAUUGUAGAUGAAAAUUUGGAAGUUGUGAUUGUGAGCAAAGAGACAUUACCGGGAGGAUUGGCAAUAAACAGAAAAAGAGCUGAAAGAGGCCUUUCACUGUUGAAGAUCGAAGUUGUGGAUUUGCUUUCUGGAGAAUCAGGUGAAAUUAAGCUGAGUUCAACGAUGCUACGUAAGAUUGAGGCUGAAAAGGCUAAACAACAAAACACGACAUCACAGACGUAGUUACAAGAAAAUGCUUUAAUUUUUUUUUCUUUUUUUUAAGAUGUCUAUUACAGCAACUGAUAUGUUGUUGCAUGUUAUGGCACUCUUUCUAAGUUUAAAAGGCGGAAAGUCGCAUUCUUUCAGAAAAAAAUAUUGUCUUUAUGAAUCUUUUUUCUUUAACUGACAGCAACAAAAACACUACUGUUUUGUUCA